CAACAGUAUUCAAAGUGCUCAGUGGUUUGGCCAAAGUUUUCUAGGUUGCAUCCAAGUAUACCAAAAGCCACAGUCAUUUCUUUAUCUCCAGGUUAUGAUAUAAAAUAAUUCAUUUCAUGCUGCAUAUUCUGUUGCAUAUCUGGGCUGUGAUUCCUUGAGAAUCAGUGCUUUGGAUGGAGCCAACUAAAUUUCCUAUGUGGAAGAGGGACAAAGGGAUUAUGCCAUGCAUUGUGCGUGUAUUUCUAUUUGCAGCUGUAUGUGCGUUACUAUUGCUUGUUUGGGUGGCUGUAAAGCCCCUUUCACUUUGCAAUAAUGGGAAAGAAUCCUUGCAUGGUGUGCAUAUAAUGGAAGAACCUAUUACCGAUGGUAAAGCCACAGGAAAUAUUGAAAAGCUCAAUUGUAUAAGAUGCCCCCAAGCUGCUCCUGUAGUUGCGAACAAGGUUGAGGGUGUUCAACAUCCUUUUUUCAUCUCACUUGCUGACCUGGGUUCACCAGAAAAGCCAAAUAGGAAUUUCCUCAGGAUGCUUAAGGGAAAGCCUUUUCGUAAGCCAGACAUAUCUCAUACCAUUCAGGAAGUGCUUGGAAAUCUAGAGACAAGUGGAUUUCAUUCAAGAAAAGGAAUUGUUGUUGAUGUUGGUGCAAAUGUGGGAAUGGCAGCAUUUGCAGCUACAAUAAUGGGUUACAAGGUAGUGGCUUUUGAGGCUGUCUUUGAGAACUUGCAGCAUCUUUGUGAUGGAAUGUACCUGAAUCGAGCAGGUGAUAUGGUGACUUUCUACCAUGCAGCUGUGUCAGAUGUGCCAGGCAACCUAACUAUGCAUAAGGUGGUCGGACGACUUGACAACAGUGCAGUUUCUGCAACUGGUGCAAAGUUGGCAUUCAAGUCCAAUGAACUCAUACCAGUUAGUGUAAGAUCCAUAACCCUAGAUACAGUGAUUCAUAAGUCUGAGCUAGUAAUUCUACUCAAGAUUGAUGUGCAAGGUUGGGAAUACCAUGUUCUGAAAGGUGCAACCUCCUUAUUGUCAAGAAAGCCUGGUGAUGCUCCCUACAUUAUAUAUGAAGAUGAUGAGAGACUGUUGCAUGAGAGAAACACAAGCAGUAACGAAAUCAAAGAAUUUUUAGCCAGCAUGGGUUAUAAUUCUUGUACAAAACAGGGUACAGAUACACAUUGUAAAAAGAAAAUAAGCUAGAUACUUAAUACAGCUAAGGCUCUUCGUCUUCUUGAUGUGCUAUGAUUACAUCUUUUCCCAAGAGUUGGGUCUACUUCUGCAUCCACUCAAUUAAUUUCCAUACUCAUUUUUAUUGGUGGUGUUGGGAUGUAUUCAUACAUCUCAAUUUUUUCACUCUAUCGGUUUGAAUAUAAUAUCCUUCAUCUGCA